CAUUGUUAAAGGACAAUAGGAGUGUUUAGUUCCAGCAGCAGAAGGAGAUGAGAGAGUCCAACAGAUUACACUGGAGCCUGGGCUACCCCAAGGCUGGCUAUGCAAUGCAAUGCCUGGAUCUUGGCUGAUGGGUUGGCUUUGGCUGCUUGCAACCGUGGUGAGCUUCUUCGGUUAUCCAGCAUUCCUGGAGGCAGCUCCUGAGUUUUCAGGUUAUUUGAGGAAGGUUUUGAAGAACCACACUAUCCAUGCCUGUGAUGGGGAGCAACUGACAAUACUUUGCCCCCACAAGACCUCCGUUACCAUCCUGUCUGCUUUCUAUGGGAGAAGGGUACCCAGCCCAAACCUCUGUCCAGCUUCAGGAGAACUCUCUUCAGAAGACAUUGAUUGCUCAUCCGCAACAGCCCAUCAGAAAAUGAUGGACGAGUGCCAGGACCACCGAUGGUGCCAUUUCCUUGUCCACAGUCGAGUGUUUGGGCCCGAUCCGUGCCCAGGAACACACAAAUACUUGGUGGUUUCCUACAAAUGCAGACCAGCCAAUCAUCGUCUCAAGACCGUCUGUGAAAAUGACAUGAUGAGGCUACAAUGUCGGAGCAGCUCAGUUCUAGCAAUUUAUUCUUCGAUUUAUGGGCGACCUUUGCGAGGAAAGUUGGAGUGUAAUUCAAUGAAUGGGACGGAGCCUGAAAUAGAAUGCAUAGCUCCUGAUGCCUUGAGAAGAGUGUCCCAGAGGUGCCACAAGAAGAGGAAUUGUACCCUUGUUGCUAACUCGGCUACAUUUGGAGACCCUUGCUUCCCGGGGGUGAAGAAACAAUUGAGAGUGUCCUACACAUGCGUGCCAAGAAAGUUGUUAGAAGAGGCGACACGUGAAUCGCGAGAAGAUCCCUUCUCAAUCUCAGAUUACACCCACGGUGGCUGGUACACCGGGCCGAGGCUGUCCAAGCGGUUCCAAGAAAAUCUGAUGAUAUUUACUAACUCUCUGGAAACAAUAGCCCAUAUCUGGGGCGUUCCCGAGAAGGUGGGCUUUUAUUUCCUAUGUGGGGUAUCCGGAGGGCUCGUGUUUCUCCUCCUCUUCUUUGCCCCCAAAACAACCUUCUUGCAAGACCUCAAAGGGGCCUUCAAAAAGGCAGACGCGACUGACUCCUUGCAGCUGGAGACAACCAAGCUACAGGACGACCAAGAUGAAGAAAAUCGGGAGGAAAGCUCUUCCGAAACUUCUUUCAGCCACCUUACCUCCAAUUACCGGAACACCAACAUCUUUGGGCCGGAACUGACCGCGGCCUUGGAAGGGGCAGCUGACCAAAGAAGCCACGAAGGCAAUGAAAUUUGGAUCCCCAAAGAAUCCAGCCCAUACGCCAUCCACAAAAUUAAGGCGGCCACCAAGUGAGAAGGACCAGCAACAUUGGAAGUAGUUGGGCAGAGUGAGCAGCAAUACAGGUAGUCCUUCAUUGAUGAUCACAGCUGGGACCAGGAUUUCUAUUAUUAAGUGAAGCGGUUGUUAAGUGUGUCCUGCCCGAUUUUAUGACCUUUUCGACAUGUCUGUUAAGAAAAUCACGGCUGAUAAGGGAAUUGUAGUCAUUGAAAGCAAAAUCUGGCUUCCUCCAUUGACUUUUGUUAGUCAGAAACCGGCCAGCUGGGAAGGUUGCAAAAGGUGAUCACAUGACCCACGAGAUGCUGCAACCAUCAUCAAUACAGGCCAACUGCCAAGCACCUGGAUUUUGAUCAUGUGACCAUAAGGGUGCUGUAAUGGUUAUGAGUAGCAAUUGCAAUAGCUCUUAGACUUAUAUACCACUUUAGAGUGCUUUACAGCCCCUCUCUAAGUGGUUUAUAGAGUCAGCAUUUUGCCCCCAACAAUCUGGGUCCUCAUUUUACCAACCUCGGAAGGAUGGAAGGCUGAGUCCAACCUUAAGCCGUUCAGGAUUGAACUUCUUCCUGGCUGUGAGCAGAGUUAGCCUGCAAUACUGCCUUCUAAUCGGGAGGGAGGAAGGGAGGGAGGAA